GUGGGGGAAGGAGGGGGUUUGGGUGUGUGGCAGUUCAAACACUCCGUCCGUUUUGAAAUCCUUUGAAGAUCCAAUGUGACAGUAAUCGGGAAGAACGCCCAGCCACCACUAUCCCUGCACCUUAGCAGGUGCACCUGGCUCAUGUGCUACCCAUUGCGAAAGUGGUUAGCUGCUUGGAGUCAGGUACCAGCCUGGCACGUAAAGUGUGUGGUCAGUAUAAAGUUCUCGUCUAUUUGGGAAAAGAGACCUGUCUUGAAGUUGCUUUGAUUUUACUUCCCUGUUGAUGGACUGAAAAUGGCGGAAAUCAUUGGAUCCGUUACAACAGGCGAUCUCAGUUCCCAGAAUCUUAUGGCAAAGGCUCUCUAUGACAACAAAGCAGAGACACCUGAUGAGCUCGCAUUCCGUAAAGGAGACAUACUGACCGUGAUAGAACGCAAUGUCAAAGGAGAUGAGGGAUGGUGGCGUUGCUCUCUUCACGGGCGGCAAGGCAUCGCCCCUGGAAAUCGCCUGCAGCUGCUCACUGGAUCACAGUACGACAUCCCAUCUCUGUACUCCGCCCCCUACUCAACACAGUGCAGGUCCACUCAGCAAAACAUUUACCAGACGCCAACAAAGCAACGUCAAAGUGUGUCCUCAACUCCUAGCUCUGGGUCAAGAGAUAAUGUUUACCAGGUGCCGUCUACACCCCAGUCACACAGUCAGGUCUACCAAGUGCCAAAGCCAUCUGCUGAAUUCCAUGGUGGCAGAGGGCUGGCACCUCCAAAUCAGGUGUCUACGCUUCCCAGAAUGGGUCAGGCAUCCACCCUUAGCUCAAUGUCAGGACCUUAUGCUGAUGCGUAUGAUAUCCCACCAUCCCGUGUUCCUGGAAUCCAGAGCAGUCAGGCAUUUGGCAGUCCUGGAACAGCAAGGAAAUAUUCAAUGUUCCAAACGGAUGCUGAGAGGAGUCUAAUCCAGCAGCUGUACGACAUUCCAUUGAGUUUCGAGAGGCCCAGAGCUACAACCCAGCAGCAGGUGUAUGACGUCCCUCCAAGUGUGUGCAGAGAUGGGCCAAAGAGAGAUAGUGCCUAUGACAUCCCCCCGUCAUAUGGAAGGGAGCCUCAGGGAAUACCGAUCGGGCCAUACUGCACUCUGCCAGCUCCACGCAAGCUCAGUUGGGAUGGCUCCAGAGCUUUAAAACAAUCACUCUACGAUGUGCCGCCAUUGAGGGAUGAGGCUGCCUUCCCAAGGGAAGCCCUUUACGAUGUUCCUCCCACCAAGGGUGGAACCGCAGGCUCGGGUCUCCCUAAUCACAGCAUGCUGCCAACCAGACUGCACACUGGCCCCCUGAGCCAGCCUCUGUACGACAUACCUCCCUCAAAGAAUUCCCCUUCCUCCAGCCAGUCCCUUUAUGACAUUCCCCCAUCACGCGAACAUGCAGCCUCCAACCAAGGUAACCGUCUGUCAAAACUUUCAGAAAUUUAUGACGUUCCAGUGAACAUUCCAAAACCCACUCUGGACUGGACAAGCCCCACUCAGCAAAACAUUUAUGAUCUGCCAAGGAUAUCUCCACCAGCCAAUGUGAAAGACACAGCCAACAUGAGGAAGCUGGGUGAGCCUGUGUACGAUGUCCCCCCGCAAGUCUCCAGAGAUGUUCAAAUUAUACAGGAGAGAGUCAACACUUCCAGUGCCGAGAGCAGACAGAGUGUUGUACCCACCACUUCGGGCACUCCUCCGGGCCCUGCUGUGCCCAAGCCUGCCAAGGAAAUAACACUGGAUGUCGAAUUGGCCAUUGGGAGGUUGGUACAGCUACAGCAACAGGUAGCCAGCUCAGUAGCCAGCAUAAUGGUCUUUGUCAGCCGAACUUGGAGGUUCCAGGACCAUCUGGAAGAGAACCUCACUGAGAUCCACUCUACAGCAGACAACGUCAUGAAAUGCCUGGGCACUUUCAUGGACUUUGUGCGGGGGGUGAAAGUCAAUGCCACGCGCCUGACAGACAGCAACCUCCAGAACCGGCUGUACAAGCAAUUACAGAUUUUGGAGGACUCAUACCAGAUCAUGGUGGAGACCACUCGAGUGCUGAGUGCCUGUAACUGGUCCCUCAGCGUUCUGGUGAUGAGCAAACCCCAAGCAAACCCUGAUGACCUUGAUCGCUUUGUCAUGGUAACUCGGACCAUUCCAGAUGACGUUAAGCGACUUACAUCCAUAAUAAUUGCAAAUGGGAAGCUUCUCUUCAACCAGGCACAGAGGCAGGAAGGACAGUGUCAGAAGCAAACCCCUUCAACACUGGGCCAACAGCAAACCAUCAAUAACAAUCACUCUCCUUUCCAGAGAAAGGGCAGCGGGAUCAUUAUUAAACAGAAAGCUCCACUGCCCACACCUCCAAGGAAGGAACUUAAUUUAAAACCAAGCAACUUGCUAAUUGCCAAGCAAACUCAGAUAGAAGACUGUGAUUAUGUCCAGUUACAGCGGAAAGAGGAAUUCGAAAGGCAGGAGAAGGAGAGCAUCAAGCAAAAAGAGAGAGAAAGUUUCAAACAGAAAAACCAACAGAUGACGGAAGAAAAGAUUAGAAAACCAGGUGACAGCAGCGUUAAAAUGAGUCCGAAAGCGACCCAGCCUGUGACCUCUGGCUCUGAACAAUGCAAAAUGUUCUUCAAUGCCCUGCAAAAGGCCAUCGUCGCAUUCACUGAUAGCGUCAAUGGAAACCAGCCCGCAGAUAUUUUAAUCAAACACAGCAAGGUGGUGAUAAUGAUCGGCCAGAAACUGGUGGACAUGCUGUGUCGGGAGACAGGACAGAAGACUGUUCACAAAGAGAUGCUCAGUCGAAGCAACCAGUUUUGUGGAAGGAUGAAAAAGGUUGCUGUGGCAACCAAGAAUGCUGUGAUGCAUCCAAACCCAAUGGCCUUGCAAGAGAUGAAGGAUCAGGUGACAGAGCUAUCCCAGCAGGCUGAGCAGCUCAGGCUCCUACUAGAGCAGGCCACCGCCUCAUAGGGGAGCUGAAAGAUGAUGAAAAGGGAGAUUUUAUAUCUCCUCUCGACUAAAAUUCACUUUAAGAAAAAUAUUUGCAGUUGUCUAGAUAAACCAUUUUCUCUCUUGCCCUUUGAGUUCAGCCAGUUUUUAGUUUGAGAAGACAUGGCAAGGUGGGAUCUUGGUGUAAGAAUAAACAUGUCUGCCUCCUUUUACCCAACAACAGGUUGACCUCAGAGAGAAACUACAAGUUGGAUUUCCAACCAAUUAGCACUUUGUUUCUGUGCAGUGGUGUUAAAGGAAAUGAUCACAUUGUCCAGUCGAGUUGAAUGGUAAAAUAGCCAGUAUUUAUGAAUGGGAGUGGAUAUUAUAUGAGGU